AUGGAGGAGAGGAAAGGUGAAGUUGUCCUGUUUGGAACAUGGGCCAACGCAUUCUGCACUAGAGUUGAGCUAGCCCUCAAACUAAAAGGCAUACCCUAUAAGUAUCUGGUGGAAGAUUUGACAAACAAAAGUGAGUUGUUCCUUAGCCUCAAUCCAGUCCACAAGAAAGUACCUGUGCUUGUUCACAAUGGGAAAUCCAUUGCUGAGUCACUCGUUAACCUCGAAUACAUAGAAGAGUGCUGGGACACUACCCCAAAACUAUUGCCUGAGGAUCCUUACCAAAGGGCAAAACUCUGCUUUUGGGCCAACUAUUAUGAUCGAAAGAUUGUGCCAAGCUUCUACAUCAUCUUCGGGUCCAAAGACAAGGAAAGAGAGAGAGCCAUUGAAGACUCGAGCCAAUUGCUUAAGGUGUUUGAAGAAGGUAUCGAAAAGUAUUUUCCAGGGCAGUCCCCAUUCUUCAAUAGGAAGAUCCUAGGGUAUCUUGGUGUCAUUAUUGGCUCACUUGCAUGCAACUACCAAGCUGUUGAUGAGGCCAUUGCUUUUCAUGAAGUUGUUGCUGUGGUUUUUAGCCCCGAAAAGAACCCAGCAAUUUUGGCAUGGUUGAAAGCUCUAAAAAACCAUCCAUUGAUGAAGGAAAUGCUCCCACCUAAUGACAAGUUGGUUGCUGAGAUGAGAGGAAAGUAUUUGGGCCAAUCUCUUUAA